CAAACAAAUUGUUGUUUUAAUUGUUUCUUGAUUAGUUUGAUUGUUAAUUGUGUGAAAUAAUUAACUGACGGUUUAUCGUUGAUUGGAUUGGGUUUGUUUUUUGGGGGUUGACUUCAAUGGUUGAGGGAAUUUGUCUUGGUGUAUAAACUGUUGUGUAUUUUUUUGUCUCUUUUUUUAUUGUUUAUAUUUUCAGAUUUAAUCUGUUGAUUAAAUUGAAUCAAAUGUUGGACUUGAUUUAAGUUAAUGGAAAGUUGGACUUAUUGUUUUUGGUUAAUUAAUUGGUUUACAUGGAUUGGUGACUUUACUUUUCAUCAAUGAAAAUUAAAUCAGUUGUCAAAUUUACUCUGAUGUUUGGCUUGAUGUCUUUGGUCAUUUGCUUUUGUCUGAUGAGCUUAUUGUUAGUCAACUCAACUGCAAUUAAAUCAUCGGCAAAACAAUCAAAUGUUGCUCCAUUCUCUUUCAGUAAUCAACAUCAUCGUCUGGCCUUAAUUGUACCAUUUCGAGAUAGAUUUACUGAACUUCUUCAAUUUGUGCCUCAUGUUUCCAAAUUUUUGCAUAAUCAAAAUUUAUCUUUCACCAUAAAUGUAAUCAAUCAAAAUGAUUCUCUACGAUUCAAUCGAGCCUCAUUGAUUAACGCUGGAUUCACUCUGGUCAAGGAAAAUUGUGAUUACAUUGCCAUGCAUGAUGUUGACCUUUUACCUCUCAAUCCAAAUCUCAACUACGGUUACCCUGAAUCAGGACCAUUUCAUGUUACAUCACCAGAAUUACACCCAAAGUAUCAUUACGAAACUUUUGUUGGUGGAAUCCUUUUAAUGACAACUGAACAUUUUCAAAUGGUCAACGGACUAUCCAACCGAUACUGGGGAUGGGGACUAGAGGACGAUGAGUUUUACCUGAGACUUAAAGAGGCCAAACUACAGAUUUCCAGGCCAACCAAUAUCGAAACCGGGAUUGGUAAUACAUUUCUUCACAUUCACAAUCCAACAAUACGAAAGCGAGAUUACGCUAAACUAUUCAAUCAAAAAGAAGCCACUCGAAAGAGAGAUAGACAAACGGGAUUGGAUAAUGUUGAGUUCGAGUUGACAUCGUUAAGCCAAAUCACCAUUGAUAAUUUCCCGGUCAACAUUUACUCGGUUAAAUUAAUUUGCGAUCACAAAUCAACUCCAUGGUGCGACUUUUCCCUCGUUAACAAAAAUAAGACCAAAUCGCCAAGACCAAAGUGAUUAUGACAUUAAUCAAAAAGUGUCCAUCUAAUGACUUAAUUGGUGUUAAUUCUCACCAGACAUUCACUAAAUCUGCCAAAGUUAAAUACUAUUAA